AUGGUGGAAGUGAUGGUGAGCGCCGCCGCCACCAGUGUAAUGGGCUCCGUCAUCGGCAAGCUGGCCGCCAUGCUCACCGAGAAGUACAAGCUCGCCAAAGACGUCGAGCGCGGGAUCCGCUUCCUGCAAGAGGAGCUGAGCAGCAUGGAUGCUGUUCUGCAGAUGCUCGCCGAGAAGGACGACGACCAGAUCGAUCCACGCGCCAAGGACUGGAGGAGCAAGGUACGUGAGCUGUCCUACGACAUUGAGGGUUGCAUCGACUGUUUCAUGCUCAACCACAGCCAGGGAGGUUCCAAGGCCAACUUUGUGCGCAAGGCCAUGCGAAAGCCAGUGCUCUUGGAUCCUCGAGCACCUGGACUCUUUCAGGAGGCCAGCAAUCUUGUGGGAAUUGAUGCUCCUCGUGAGGAGAUCAUCAGGUUAUUGAAAUGUGAAGAGAAGCAGCACAAAGUGGUGUCCAUCUAUGGGAUCGGUGGACAGGGGAAGACCAUUCUCGCCAUGGAGGUGUACCACAAAAUCAUUGGAGCAUUUGAUUGCCGGGCUUUCGUGUCUGUAUCACAAACUCCAGAUAUGAAGAGGCUUCUGACAGAUAUAUUGUCUCAAAUAAGCAAGAGCCAUUUUGACCAGUCACAGAUGUUAGAGACAGUUGAGCAGCUCAUCCGCACAGUGAAAGAAUGCUUAAAGGACAAGAGGUACUUCAUCUUGAUUGAUGAUAUCUGGAGUGAAUCAGCAUGGGACCUUGUACGAUCUGCCUUACCUGUCAAUGACAAUGGAAGCAGAAUUAUUACUACAACACGCAGUAAAGCAGUAGCCAACAAAUGUUGUACUGGUAUUGCCGCACAAAUGUAUGAAGCCAAGCCACUUAUGCUGGUCCAUAAGCACGCCUCUGAGUUCUUAAACAACCAAAUCUUGCGAGUGUUGAAUAUAGAAAGUCAGUUUGUUGGAUGCAGUCUUGGACAUGUCAAAAGUUUUGGUCAAUUGAAGUACUUGAGGGCAGGCCAUCAAUCUGUCGGGGUCCUCAAGCUUCCAGAAGAUAUAGAAAAGCUGCAACAUCUAGAGACACUAGAUUUCAGAGGGUCCGGUCUUGAAAACCUACCAGCAAGUAUUAUGCUGUUGCAGAAGCUAGUGCGUCUUUUUGUCCGUGACCCAGUGCACCUGCCCGAUGAAAUCAGAAAUCUACAGGCGUUGGAAGAGCUAUCAGAUAUCGAUUUGGACAUUCAAUCUGUAGAGUUUAUCCAAGGACUGGGUGAUCUGACCAAUCUGAGGAUACUUGGAAUUGAUUGGCCAUGCUCUCGUAAAUUACGUGAUAUGGAGGGCCACAAGGAAGCAUGUAUCUCAACGGUCUCCAGGCUGUUCAGGCAUCUGCGAGAACUACGCGCGUGGGAUAGGGGUCCUGAUGCCACAUGUUCAUUCAUGGCUUCGUGUGUCCCUACUCCACCACCACUUCAAAAGCUUCUUCUUAAUACAAUUAACUUAAAUAGGGUGGGCCCUCAAAUUAGCUCACUAGUCAACCUGUCUCGCCUCUACAUUGGUGUUUACGGUGAAGCAGGCAAGGAAGGAAUAAAUAUCCUAGCAAGUUUACCCAUGCGGCUCUCUCUUACUGUUGGCUUAUCCAAUGACCAAGAUGGAGAUUCAGGCAUCCUCUAUGCAAGGCAUGCAAUCAGCAGACAAGGAUUCCAGCGUUUGGUCAAGUUUAAUGUACGCAGUUACAACAACUGUGAGGUGGCACGGUGCCAGUUCAAGCCAUUGGAGUUUGAGCCGGGAGCCAUGCCAAAGCUCCAAAUGCUCAAGCUGCUACUGGUGGCACGGUGCCAGUUCAAGUUUGGGGAAAGUGGCCUCGUCCUUGGUUUGCAGAAUCUUGCAGACCUCAAACAUGACCAAAGCUCCAAAGGCUCAAGCUGCUACUGGUGGCACGGUGCCAGUUCAAGUGUUACGGGACAUUAUAUUGGAUCAAAGAGCCUUUUUCAGGCACGCGUUGUUUACAGAGAGGCAAAGUUAUGGUGGUCUGGUGAGAGCUAUUAG